GAAGAACGCGACUUGAUAUGUGUGUUGGAAAAACCAGAAACACUGUAACAAGGACGCCGAUCUCCCCGUAGGCGCGUUUCGUUCAUUUACCAUUCGUCCGAACAACCUCCUUAUUUGUUUACACUUCCAACGACACACUCACGAAAGUCGUUUAGGUCAGCGUCUGGUUUGAUCCACGUGUUCCUUAAACGACCCCAAUCUAUUGCGCAAAAGAAACGGUGAUGGGUGGGAGAAAAUCAGAGGCAGACAAACAAUUCCACCUGUAAAAGAAGGACAAGUUUUGUGAAGUUGAUGCGAGAAUAAGAACUGGAUAGAAGCAUGGGAUUAAGUGUUUCAAUGCUCCCUAUGAAAGUGGUGCUGCUGAUGUUGCUCAUAUUUCUUUGCUACUCUGUAGCAUACUCCUCGUCUUCAUCUGAGACUACAAUGCACACUAAUAAUUGGGCUGUUUUGGUCUGCACGUCUCGCUUCUGGUUUAAUUAUCGGCAUAUGGCCAAUACCCUGUCACUGUAUAGGACAGUUAAGCGGCUAGGAAUACCUGAUGAAAGGAUUAUACUCAUGCUAGCAGAUGACAUGGCAUGUAAUGCAAGAAACAAGUACCCUGCCCAAGUUUUUAAUAAUGAAAACCAUAGACUUAAUCUGUACGGGGAUAAUGUGGAGGUAGAUUAUCGUGGAUAUGAAGUGACAGUGGAAAACUUUUUACGGGUACUUACAGGACGUCAUGAAACUGCUGUUCCGAGGUCCAAGCGACUUCUUAGUGAUGAAGGAAGCCAUAUUCUUCUUUAUAUGACAGGGCAUGGAGGUGAUGAGUUUUUGAAGUUUCAGGACUCAGAAGAGCUUCAAAGUCACGAUUUAGCUGAUGCUGUGAAGCAAAUGAAAGAGAAGUGCAGGUUUAAGGAGCUUCUGAUAAUGGUGGAUACCUGCCAAGCCUCUACUCUGUUCUCUCAGUUUCAUUCGCCAGGUGUUUUGGCAAUUGGAAGUAGUAUGAAAGGAGAGAAUUCAUAUUCACAUCAUUUGGACUCUGAUGUUGGUGUUUCAGUUGUUGAUCGUUUUACAUUUUACACUCUUGCUUUCUUUGAGAGGCUGAAUAUGUAUGACAAUGCUUCAUUGAGCAGUCUUUUCAAUUCAUAUAAUCCAAAUUUGUUGAUGUCAACUGCAUAUUACAGAAUGGAUCUAUACCAACGCCAUUUAGAGGAGGUACCUGUGACAAACUUCUUUGGUUCUGUAAUGAAAACAAUAUAUACUGAUUCAGCCUACAGAUCCUGGUCAAAUAAGAAAAUUCGGGCAGCUAAAUCCAAAAUGCCUUUGGAUCAAUCAAUCUUUGACAGUGACGGAAGAGUUUUGAGAAAGUCGGAUGAGGAGGAUCAAUUUAAUAAUUUAACUGCAGAGGAUUAUAUCCGGGAUAGUGUUGGACAAAUAUGGAGUGCUAUUCUCAGUAAUGUGAAUACUUUUGAAAGCACUGAUACUUUUGUGUGCUAUGGACUGGUUUUAAUGCUUCCUUUGUUGAUAUUUUCCACGUGGCUGUCAAGUAAAUGACUGCAGCAAUGUUCCGUAAGUUUGUUUUGUGAGCAGAGACAUUUCUUUGAUGAUAUAUGUCACCAUUGCUUGAAAUGCAAUUUCACCCGAAGAAGCAGAUUACUUGAGGGCUUCAUAAUAUGGGGGCCCAGACUAGUGAGAGUGCAGCGUCAUAGUUGUUGCAUAUCAGCUUUAUUAUUCUGUUAACCAUUGCUUUUUCCUUGGUGCAAUUUAUUGUUGUUAGCCUUAGCCAUUGAUGCUGUCGGCUUGUAGCUGUUGUCAUGUUUUGCUUUGUAUUUUGAUUAUGAUGACCCACCGAUAAAUUUCACAAGUCUUGUUUAAUUUUGUUGACAAUUCUUCAUGUGUAAUUGUAGAACGUUUGAGAUAUUUGGCGUAUUAUGCUACCAUGCUUUGAAGAUAUACAAAAAAUGGAUUUGUGCAA